GCGCUCCUGCCGCCGCCGCCGCCGCCGCCAUCUUGUCUCCCCCGCGGCGGGCUGAGAGAGGCCGCCCCCUCCCCCAGGAGCGGACCCGGGAGAGACCCGCCCGCUCCCCUCCCCCCCGUCCUCGUCGCCGCCUCCCGCGCGGCCCGGCGAGGAACGGGGCGAUGCUAUAACCGGAUGCCUGGGUCCUCGGAACUGCCUCUGUUUCUGCCCCCCUUGUGCCGGAUGGAAUCCGGCCGCUGACGGCGUGGGAGCACCUCUGCCACACCUUCCGAGCACCGGGUGGCCAGCCUCGCACCCCUUCCUCCCCGACCUCCCCCCCUCCCCUCCUGGAAUGCUGUACGUGCCUUGCUCUGCCUCUCGCAGGACAGUGCCCGGUGGCAUUGGGGCGACCCACUGAAGCAGGCACGCUCAAGGUACUCUUUGCUGCUGCUGCUGCUGCUGCUGUGGGCUCCCUUGAGGUCACAUGUCUUUUCUCCGGGAGAUUUGGGGACCUGCGAUUGGGUGCAGAGGUGAACUCGUUUGUACAGAGCAAAGUGUGGUUGUGACCGUCACCCUGGGACAGCAUGUCGGGCCCGGUACCAAGUCGAGCGAGAGUCUACACAGAUGUCAAUACCCAGAGGCCUCGCGAAUAUUGGGACUACGAGUCACACGUGGUGGAAUGGGGUAACCAAGACGACUACCAGCUCGUGCGGAAACUCGGUCGUGGCAAGUACAGCGAAGUCUUUGAAGCCAUCAACAUCACUAACAAUGAGAAAGUGGUGGUGAAAAUCCUUAAGCCAGUAAAAAAGAAGAAAAUAAAGCGUGAAAUUAAGAUCCUGGAAAACCUCCGAGGGGGCCCCAACAUCAUCAACCUUCUAGACAUCGUCAAGGACCCCGUGUCUCGGACACCCGCCCUGGUUUUUGAACAUGUCAACAACACAGAUUUUAAGCAAUUGUAUCAGACGCUUUCAGAUUUUGAUAUUCGAUUCUACAUGUACGAAAUCUUGAAGGCUCUGGAUUACUGCCACAGCAUGGGGGUGAUGCACCGGGACGUCAAGCCACACAACGUGAUGAUCGACCAUGAGCACCGGAAGCUGCGCCUGAUCGACUGGGGACUGGCAGAAUUCUACCACCCGGGACAAGAGUACAACGUCAGAGUGGCUUCCCGGUACUUCAAGGGACCGGAGCUUUUGGUGGAUUACCAGAUGUAUGACUACAGCCUGGACAUGUGGAGCCUGGGCUGCAUGUUGGCCAGCAUGGUCUUCCGUAAGGAGCCUUUCUUCCACGGGCAUGACAACUACGACCAGCUGGUGCGGAUUGCCAAGGUGUUGGGCACCGAGGACCUCUACGACUAUAUCGACAAGUACAACGUGGAACUGGACCCCCGCUUCAACGACAUCCUGGGCAGGCAUUCCCGCAAGCGAUGGGAGCGCUUCGUGCACAGCGAGAACCAGCACCUGGUGAGCACCGAGGCCCUGGACUUCCUGGACAAGCUCCUGCGCUACGACCACCAGACGCGGCUGACGGCCCGCGAGGCCAUGGAGCACCCCUAUUUCUAUCCGAUUGUGAAGGACCCAGCCAGGCUGGCCGCCUCCACUGUCCUCUCCUCGUCUAACACACCUGUCAGCUCCUCCAGCAUGUUGGCAGGAAUCGCCUCCAUGUCAGCCUCCCAGCCAAUGGGCAGCUUGGCCGCCUCCCCCGUCAUCGCCUCUCCGAAUGCGCUGGGAUCGCCAGUCCCUGCGGCCGCCGGAGCUCAGCCCUGACCACUGGAAAGCCACCUCCGGCUUUGAGCACCGCCGAGGCCUCAGCCGUGCCCUCUUCCUCCUCCUCCUCCUCACCUCACCUGCCCGCCUCUGCAUGGCGCUACCGACGCCCGGGGCGGGCAGGAGGACGGCCAGGCGUGGCAGGGCGGAAGGAUCGUGCGCCUGGAUCCCGAAUUCUUUUGUUUGUUUGUUUCUGUUGAGUAUGUCGAGGAGCCAAGUCCCGGCUGCUGCUGCUGCUGCUGCUGCUGCUCUUCCGCCUCCUCUCCUCGGUGGGGCCACAAAGGCAGACUCUGGUUCCAGGCAGAGGCUUCUUCUCCUCUGGGGUGGUUUGUUCGAGUGCCGUCAGCUGCAUUCUUCCCAUGAGGGCCGUGGUUAGUGAUGCAACUACAGUGUAGACACCUGAACGGAGAAUAAAAUUUAUUUUCUAUGUCCCUAAAA